AUCCGUUCGUCGAAAACAACACCCAAGUCACCUUUUGAGGGACCCCGCUCUGUGGCCAGGCCAGACGGGCGGCAUCCGCCAAGCUUCACUUCAAGGUACCAUUUACUGCGGAAUAAUUCUCUCUUCGCGCACGAGGUCGACCGGAAAAACCGUCUUCAUCGGUUGUCUCGACAAGGUCUCAAGGAGAAGUUUUGCUCUUUUCUUCUUGAUCUCUUUCUUCUCUUCUACAUCUACACACUACUGUGGGAGGAAGACCCCACAGAUAGAGAAAGGAAGCUUGAAAAAGCGUCUCCUCACCACCAAAUACCCCUCUCCAUAUCCUUUUUUUUUUUUUUUCGUUCCGUUACCCGUCGCGGACCGGUCGCUCCGCCCAUCUCUGUUCAUAGAGCACGACAUCUUUAUACACUCCUCGAAACCGAUCCUUAGGCGUCUUGGCCACAUUCCUUUGUAGGUUCUUGGCCUAGUAAUCGAGUAUCUCGCCUACUCUUUUGAUUCCCAUUUAAGGUCGCGACAUUACCUAUAUUCUAUCGAUCCGCUUAUUACGCGACAGCGACAAUCAGCAUACGCGGAUUUGUCGGUAGCUUUUCCACUCUAGACAAGAUUCGACUCAGCAACCUUGUCAGUUUAGUAUCGGCGCGUAACGUGUUUCGAACCGUUACAGGUGUCUUAUAUUCAUAUACAUAUCCACAUCCAGUAUACGGCCGCACGUCAUGUCUGUCUUAGACCCAUUUCUUAUCGCCCAUCCUCCGGCGAGGGCGACACACUUGAGCGCUCAAGCAGAAGAAGCGCCUUUUGAGGUGUAUUGUAUAGUGUGUGACAAGCGGAUAGUGCAAAUAGAGGCUAGCGAGAAGGGGAAGGAGGGUGAGAAGAAGUCCAAGAAGAAGAUGGCUGGUGGAACUAUCAGGGUCAAGAACCCCGAUGGGACAACAACUACGCGAAAUGCUAAUGGCAAAGUGAUUCGUCCACCGCUCAAGCGGAAUCCGAAUUCCGCUGCGCGUACAGCCGUUACCAACGCUGCGAAAGGUCAAUGUCUCACUCGAACAGAGACUAACGAAGGCGUUGUAUCUCCAUCAGAAUCUCCUCAAUCCAAGAAAUCCCCUCCAUUAUCCAGCAGUCCACCUUUUAAAUCCGCGAUCUACUGCAGCCGAGAAUGUAUGGAGACGGAUGCUGGCAGGUCAACAGAGGUUUACAAGGACCUCGCGCGCACCAUGUCCUUUGACUUCUCCAACACUUUCUUCUCUCCUGACGAAAAUGUUCCCGUCACCGACCAAGGUAAAAGCCCCAAUGCUCCCCCAUCGCCAUUGUUUGUCUCUGGUAGUGAUACCGAAUCAUCAACUUCGAACUCUGCCGGUUUGACACGUGACCACAACACUUCGUCAUCUGCUCCCAAGAUCAUGGAUUACUUUCGAUUCUCCAAAGAGGAUUCUGAUCGGACGUGGAACGAGAUUGAGAGGCAGAGGCGAAGCUCGAUGCAGCCCGCUGUACGUCGUCCUGCUCCUAGCACUGAGAGCUUGACGAGCUUGUGGCAUCAAGAGGCUGAACUGGGACAAUCAUCAAGUGGUGGAGGAAAGUUGAGGGCGAUGACUCCCUUGCAUGGUUGUGUAUCAAACAAAGAACGACGUCCUUCUGGCAGUGCUGAGCGCUCUGCUCCAAUUCCUGUUCGACCUAUCCCACGAUCUAACAUGAGCCACACAUCACUUGUCGGCUCAUCAUCCUCUUACCGCUCCACCGCUCUUCCUGUCGAUCUCGGCUCUGCUCCUUCGCACACUCUCGGUCUCUUGCAUUCUUAUGCUUCAGCUUUUUCAGUUCGAAGCUCUAACAACACUCCUAGCAGCUAUACUCAACGCGGCUUUGUUUAUCCUGAUGGUACUGUUGUGCCCUCAUCCGUUUCUCCUCCGAUGGCCGCCUCGAGAACAGAUAGCACCUCCAGUAUCACACGCCCUGUGGGAGGGACUAUCAAGGCCAGGAAGAGCGAGCCGACAUGGGAUAGCUUUGGAAAGGUGGAAGUGCAGGCGCACAACGAGAGAAUACACCGUCGGUCCGGUGCCGGUGCCAAUGCGUGUACCGACUCUACUCCUGUUGCUGUGCCUCGACGCAGGCGAGACAUCUCUUCCGGUCCGUCUGAGAACACCCCGAGGCAGAACUUGGAGAGGGAAGGGAGUAACUGGAAGAUCACGUAUGUUGUGCCGGCAGGUGUCGAGAGGCAGACUACGGUGAAAAGAAGUCAAGGACCGGCGUGUUCUUUGCCACCCGAUAGGUAUCAUCCCCAAGGUGUUCUUAUCCCUCGCUCCUCUGCCCAAUUAUCAACAUCCAAUUCCACCGCCUACGGUUCUCACACCCCGUCUUCGCGUCAUAUGCCCCUUCGCGCUGCUACAUCCGCAGCUUUCCCUGAUAUCGGCGGCUUGAAAGUUUCGGACGACAAAAUCGUCCCAGUGCCCAGCUCGCAGAGCGUGCCAAGGAGGAUCGGGUUCAACUGGGACCAGGCCAAGGGCGUGAAGACGUAUGAGAUUCCAGGAAAGGUGGAUAGGAACCCCAAGGGACUGUUCUACUUCCAGUAGGGCAAUGUUUUGAUCUCUUUCUUCUUGAGCUAUACCCAGCCAUCUUCGAUACCAGGUUUCAGGUUUUUUCGCACAGCGCAUACCAAUCAUCAGUUGUAUACAUCUCAGCAUCAAACAAGGGCUUGUACAUCGCAUUUUCUUUCGUUUACUGAACCACGGUGUUUCUUUAUUUCUCGGUCUCUUUAGCAUCUUUACCGGUAAUUAUUUUUGAAGAAAGUAUAGUGACAUUAUUUGUACUAGAAAUUGCAUAGUUGUAAGCACUUUUGCUUAGCGGGGCGGAAUGAAUCAUAUUGUAUGUGGC